AUGAACCCGGCAUUGGCGACACCGUUAUAUGUUCUGGGCGGCGUGUUUUUUGUCCUGUUCAUAGGCCGUGCCAUCAUUCGACUACGGCAUAGACGACGCCGGCAGGAAGCUCUGGAAAAGAAAGACCAGUCACGAUUCGUUCGUUCCUCUCGAUUGUCCGCCUUCGUCAAGAAACAUAUCCUCUAUGCGCCACUAUUCACCACCCGUCACAGCCGCGAGUUUCGCCUGCUGGAUACCUUUCACAUGGGCGUCGUCCCGCUAAGAUUGGAAACAUUGCUAUUGCUGGGCUAUAUCGCACUGAAUCUGAUCUUCUUCUUCGCCCUGAUUGACUGGUGGGCCGAGUACAGCGAGAUGAUGUACCAGCUGAAGUACGCGGGCGGCCACUUGGCCGUGAUGAACUCACCGGCUCUGGUGCUGACAGCCGGGCGAAACAACCCGUUGAUUUGGCUGUUGGGACUUCCAUUCGACACGUUCAACCUCAUGCAUCGGUGGAUCGGACGGCUCAUGGUUGCAGGCGGGAUCCUGCAUGUGAUCUGUGUGGUGGUCGGCCAGGCUCAAAAGGAAAGCAUGAGCAAAAUUACCUACCUCAUCUGGCACACACCAUUCUUUGUCGCAGGGUUGGUUGCGCUUAUCGCAUUCGUCGCAAUCUUCCUCCAGUCCGCUUCGCCCGUCCGUCAUGCCUUCUACGAGGCUUUCUUGCACCUACAUAUUGUGUUGGCAAUCAUGGCAUUUGUGGGUCUGUGGUACCAUCUCCAGGGUCUCGCCCAACAAUGGGUUAUGCUGGCGACCCUGGUCUUAUGGGGAUUAGAUAGGGCUGGACGACUGGGUCUUAUCCUCUGGCGCAACUUUGGCCGCAAGAUGACGAGAGCCACUGUGGAGCUGCUUCCUGGCGACGUAGCCCGCGUGGACGUGACGAUGGCGCGGUCGUGGCAAUUCAAAGCCGGUCAGUACAUGUACCUAUACAUCCCGUCACUGGGACUGUGGACCUCGCAUCCCUUCUCGGUAGCGUGGAAACUGUCCCAGCCGCCGGGUAUGUUGCAGAAACGCGGCUCGGGCGAUUCCUUGAACGCGUUGCUGGGAGAGCCUCAGCAGGCUGUCAUGUCGUUUCUGAUCAAGCGACGCGAUGGGUUUACGCAUAAGCUCGUUGAGAAGGUGAACAAGUCUCCGGACGAGAAGUUCACGGCUCGAGCGCUCGCCGAGGGGCCUUUUGGUGGACUGCACUCUCUCAACUCGUACGGGACUGUGGUCCUGGUCGCCGGCGGGAUCGGGAUCACACAUCCUAUGAGUUACAUGCAGGAGUUCGUCAGUGGAUUUGCGGCGCGGAUGACAGCAGUUCGGAAAGUGACUUUGGUCUGGGUGGUUCGCAGUCUAGACCAUCUAACAUGGAUCCAACCAUGGAUGACCACCCUCCUCAACCACCCGGCUAUCCAAGUCCCCAACGAGCAGAAACAACACUCCUACUUUUCCCUGCCGGAAUUCUCACUCUCGGUCCAGAUCUACGUCACCCUCAAGGAAACUAGCACGGAAGAUUUCAAGACAGGCGAGAGCCCCUGGGCCAACACGGUGCCGCCCACCGUACCUAUUAGCCUGAACUUCGGCAAGCCAAGCUUUGAUCACAUCCUGGAGACUGAGAAAGCAACGCAAGUGGGCGCGAUGGCGGUGAGUGUCUGCGGCCCGGGAGCCAUGGGCGACGAUGUACGAAAGACAGUGCGUGAGAAGCAGGGCAGCCAGACGAUGGAUCUCUACGAGGAGACCUUCUCUUGGUAG